UGGGGGAGAGGUAACCUGCACCUGCACAUGGAGGAAGUCUCUCCGGCUCUCGGUUUCUUUCCCGUCCGCCGCUAAUAGGAUAAUUGAUAGAGGAGUUGAGUCAAUAAGAGGCCGUGGGAGUCUCUGAGGGGAAACUCUGAUGCUGCAGCAACUCUCCGCGGCACUCUGAGCGCCGGAGAUAGACUCUGAGAGGAAGAGGGAGUUUUCAAAUCAAAACACUUUCCUCCCGUCAGAGAACUCGCGUUUCACAGACAUGGAUCGCAGGGCGGUGUGUGCUGGAUGCCACCGUCCGAUCACAGACAGGUUCCUGCUCAGAGUCGGCGGCGGCCUUUGGCAUGAGGAGUGCGUGCGGUGCGCGGCGUGCGGGGACGCGCUCGGGAACUCCUGCUUUCUGCGGGGCCGCAAACUUUACUGCAAAAAGGACUAUUCUGACCUGUUUGGAGUGCGAUGCGGGGGUUGCUCAGAGGCUGUUUCUCCUUCAGAGCUGGUGAUGCGUGCAGGGCCAGCUGUGUUUCACCUGCGCUGCUUCACCUGCAGCGUUUGUUCAUGCCACCUGCAGACCGGAGACCGCUGCGUCCUCAGGGAGGGACAGCUUCUGUGUGCCAGAGAGGACUACCAUCAGUGUGUGUCCAGUCCAAUGUCCUCAGAUACAGGGAAAAGCGAGGAUGAUGGAGGGGGCGAGUCUGUGAGAGUUACAGACAGACGAGGCAGAGCAGAUAAUCAGGACAGCAAACGGCCCAAAAGGCCUCGCACUAUUCUGACGACUCAGCAAAGACGCACCUUUAAGACGUCCUUUGAAGUCUCCUCAAAGCCAUGCAGAAAGGUGAGGGAGACCUUGGCAGCAGAGACCGGCUUGAGCGUGCGAGUUGUACAGGUCUGGUUUCAGAACCAGAGAGCCAAAAUGAAGAAGCUGGCCAGGAGACAACAGCAGCAGGAGCAGCAGCAGCAGCAGCAGCAGACUCCGGAUCACCAUGGACUCCCGUCACAUGACGCAGCGCCCUCCUGUGGUAAUUUGAUCGGUGAGAUGAAGCACCUGGGACCCUCUUUUGCCCACAUUCAGCAGCAGCAGAUGGGACUGACCUCACUGGAGCAGCAGGACUGGGACACGGAUCCCUUCAGACAGGGCCUGACCCCCCCUCAGAUGCCAGGAGACCACAUGCAUCCAUACGGGUUUAAGAGCUCGUAUGGAGACAUCAGCAGUGACCCUCUGUGUCAUGUGGCUGACAGUGACUGCCUCUCUCUAGAUGACUCGUCCCCACUCACUCCCAUCGACUGUCUAUACUCCAUGCAGGACUCAUACUUCACCUCCUAAGGGUGGAGAUCACCUUCAGGGUGGAGUGCUCACCCUGGAAACAUCUGCUGACUCCUAAAGUCUUGUUGAGAAAAUGUGUAAAAAAUACCAGAAAUCGCCUCAGUUAAAACCUCCUGUGAUGCUUUGUACAGUACAAGCUCUAAAAAGUGGAUAAACCUCAUGCAUGAAUUUGUUUUUUUAUGUUUAAACAUUAAAUAAUGAGAACUUCAUGUAUUCAUGUAAAUAUUUGCCUGGCGUUGUAUUUAUUUUCACAUUAUGUGUGUAUGUUUUUCAUCUUGAAUGAUUCAAAAGGGAGACAAAAAUAAACAAGUAAACAAGAACAAUGAUCAUUUCCAAGCAAGUUUGUAUUUUUUGUUGAGGGUGAGAUGCAGGUCAGUCCAUCCUGAGCACUUAUCGACCCCAUCUGGAUGAUGGGUCAGUGGAGCAUCUUCUCCUGGUUGUUCCAAUGUUAAAAACCUGGACUCUGACAGAUGUAUGGGUCAGUGGCAGGUAAGCAUCAUAUCCAGGCUGCCUUCAUCAACGCUCACAUUGUGCUUCUUGCAUUUUUCUGCCUUCCUUCAGUCAAAGAAGACUGUAAGGGGGGAGAGAUGGGUUGGGAGACCACCCAAGCACUGUGCUCAGUUGGAAUGCACCAGUCCUGGGAUGGGAGACGCUCCAGACAACGAAGGGGCUGAAAGCUGUGUCAGGAGAGAAUGCUCAGGGUGAGACGAUGAAAUGAAGCCCCACUGUAAGGAGUGCCUUCUUGCCCUCACCGUGAACCCUCUUCUGGACUGAUCUCAUGUUUCCCACUAUGAAAUCAGACCUCGCAGAGUAGAGAGCGCAAGUCCAGUGGUCAGGAACAAUUUAACUGUCUGUCACCACAGUGCUCUAGUGCCAACCAAAAGCAAAGAAGUGUGCAGUAGAGAAUAUCACCAUG